CGGAGAGGCAAGAAAUAAAUUACAUAUGCUGAAUACUGAGCCAAAGACUAUUUAAACAGCAAGAUCAUCUCAAACGCAAACAUUCAAUAACCUCUUCCAAUCCAUCUUCGAGUCGUUGUCGAGAACUCACAAACGACCCUAACCCUGAAUCUUGAAAACAGCCCUACGAACUCCAACCUCUUGGCAAAGCUGGCCGACACCCCGCAUUGCGAUAAGAUAAGCAGACCCGGCAACAAGAUGGCUUCCCAACCAGAACUCACGUCGACCACUCCGGCGACCGACAACCAGAAUGUCGACCUCAACAACACCACCGCCCAGCUCGACAACCUUGCGAUCGAAGAGGAAGACGACGACGACCUCCAAGAUGUCUUCGAAUCCGACGAUGACCUCGACUACGAAGAUGGCGGCGCCGACCUGACCAAGUCAUACAACCGCCAACAACAAGGCGCCGGCGGUACCAACUCCCAGCAGUCCCAGGCCCAGGCCCAACAACAAAAACCCACAGCCAACACUUCAGCCCGCGUCGACGACCAAAUCGCCGCCCUCUCCAAGUUCGCCGGAAAGAUCCGCAUCGACGCCUUCGACAAUGCCUCCGGUCCCGCCGAGCGCAGCAAAGACAAGUCCGACCGCGCCACCUCCGAGCUCGUACUCGACCAGCGCACGCGCAUGAUCCUGCUGCAAAUGAUCAACCAGGGCUUCGUCUCCGAGAUCCACGGUGCCAUCAGCACGGGCAAGGAAGCCAACGUCUACGGUGCUAUCCUGCACCCCGAGGAUGGCUCGGCUCCCGUACACAGGGCCAUCAAGAUCUACAAGACGGCCAUUUUGGUGUUCAAGGAUCGCGAGAAGUACAUCACUGGUGAGCACCGCUUCAAGAGCGGCAGCGAGAAGGGAAACAACAGGAAGAUGGUCAAGCUCUGGGCCGAGAAGGAGUUCAGGAACCUGCGCCGUCUGUACACAGCCGGCAUCCCCUGCCCGGAGCCGAUCAAGCUCAAGCUCCACGUCCUUGUCAUGAGCUUCUUGGGAGAUCGCAAGGGGUGGGCUUACCCCCGUCUGCGCGACGCCCCCAUCUCCGGAGACGACGCCGACGAGCAAUGGCGCGACCUCUACAUCCAACUCCUCGGCCUCAUGCGCAAGCUGUACCAAGUCUGCCGCCUCGUGCACGCCGAUUUGUCGGAAUACAACAUCCUCUAUAACAACAAGAAGCUCUACAUCAUUGAUGUUUCUCAAUCAGUCGAGCACGACCAUCCCCACUCGCUCGAGUUCUUGCGCAUGGAUAUCAAGAACGUCGGCGAUUUCUUCAGGAGAAAGGGCGUCGACACGCUGCCGGACCGCACGAUUUUCGAUUUCAUCGUCAACCCCAAGGGGCCGGCGGAGGAACCCGGUAUGAAGGAGACCAUCGAACAGCUUUACCAGACGAGGGUAGAGGUCGAGGAUACCGAGGAGGCCAGGGCCGAGCAGGAGGUCGAUAACGAGGUUUUCAGGAACCAGUACAUCCCCAAGACGCUGAACGAGGUUUACGAUAUCGAGAAGGAUGUGGCCAAGGUCAACGAGGGUCAGGGAGAGGAUUUAGUGUAUAAGAACCUGUUGGCGGAUCAGGUGGUGCAAAAGACGGCGGAGGAGGAGGAAGAGGAGGAUUCCGAGGAGGAGGAAGAGGGCAGCGGUGAUGAGGAGGAGGGUAGCGAGGACGAGGAUGACGAGAGCCGAUUCGAAAAGGGAACACCAAGAGGCAAAAGAUUCGUCGAUAAGGACGAAAAGAAGCAGCAUAAGCAGGCGGUUAAGGAGGCCAAGAGGGAGAAGAGGAAAGAGAAGAUACCCAAGGCGGUCAAGAAGAAGUUGGUGAGCAGCAGUUCGAGGAGGAAGCACUGAUUGCUGUUUAUGGGUACCCCUUUCCUUUUCUUCCUGUUCCGAGUCUUCUUUGCUUAUGGGUUAGGGUAUGGUUUCUAUGGCGCUAGAGAAUAAUGGAUCAUGUCAUCUUCCAGCCUGCGUAUCGUGCUUUGAUGCGUUUUGGCGUUUCUUCUCUCUUUCAUAUCUGAC